UUUAAUAAAAACCCUUGGGCCAACGGAUUGUGUGUGUGUGGAAACUUUUAUGCACAACGUAAAUUUCUACUAUAAUAUAGUGUUGACGCUUUAUAUAUUUUUUAGUUUUUAAAGAUAAUUGCUGUUGACGCAGUUGCCAGGAGUGGUGCUGGAAGUCAACUAGUUGAAAUUAUAGGUGCACCUUCCGAGUACAAUAUUUUUAAUACAUUGCUACUUGUUUAAUCACUGUACCGCCGAAGCAGCCACCGUUGUUUCAGAGGACACAAAUUUCAUUUUUCACGGAUCCCGCUGAGUGGUUGAUUUGUAUAUCCUGACGCUGGUCAGUGUCAUUCUGCAAAUCUUCGAUAACAUGUCUUCAAGUGUAAAAGAAAUGCUUGAAUGUGACCCUAAACGUAAAAUAUCUAAUUCAAAUGUCACAAGUUUUGCAUCAAAAGGAGCCAAAAAGUUUAAACUAGAUAAACCUGAUAAGGACAAUAGUAUCUUGUUUGAUAGAACAGUUUGUGUUGUACCAGCUAAUAUACCUCUAGAAAGGAAUUUCCCUCGGAAUUUCCAGUAUACUACUAUUGAGAGUGGACAAACUGUAAAAGGUUCAUGUUAUGAUCCUAAUUCUAAAUAUGAUGAUGAAUUUUAUGCUGGUAUAGCAGCUGAACCUCCAAAUAUGCUUAAUAACUUUCGAUACUUGAUUUUUUUUUUAUGAUAGUAAAGUUCAAUAUCGACAACACCAAGGUAUUCGUUUAAUUGCACGUUGGAGAAGUAUACAUGUUGUAUAGAUGAAGUAGAGAAUUCCUGGUAUUUUAUAAAAAGUUAUUUGGAAAAUUAUCCAAACCGUCAAAUGGUUGAGUUGACCAAUCAACAUUCAGUACUAGCAGUCCAACUUCAACAAUGUUAUUAGGUAAUGAAUAUUAAGAAUAUGAAUAUUAUGAAUAUUCAGUACUGCUAACCCAUUUUGUCUGUCUUCUGUCAUAGAAGAUCUCAUAUUAUUUUUCAACCACCGUAGGGAAGAAAAUGAUCUUUCUGCUGUUGCUGAUGUAAUGGUAAUUGUUGCAAAAAUUUUAAUAUCUGGAUAAAAUAAAUCACAAUAUACCAAUGUAUCAAUAGCAGUUUUGGGCUUUGGAUUUUCUAUAUUGGUCCAUUUCAUCUUCCAGAGUACACGUGAUACGAAAAAAUAAAGCCUAAACCUUCAAAAUCAGUGGGUGAAUACUUUGGAAACAACGAGUGUGUAUAUAUUAUGGAUGCCAAAAUUAGAGGCAAUAUUGGACGUUAUUUCAAUCAUUCGUGUUCUCCAAAUAUAUUUGUCCAAAAUGUAUUCGUUGAUAUGCAUGACUUACAGUUCCCAUGGGUAUCGUUAUUUGCACACAAAAACAUACUGGUGGGAACAGAACAGACGGGUUCCACAAAAAUAAUAUGCAAUUGUCAGUCUCGAAAAUGUAGAGGGAGAUUACUUUAAAUAUGUAUACGUAAUAAUAAAUUGAAUAAAUCAACAAGUUAAUUAUAUUUUAUUUAUUAUUCUCAUGAAAUUAUUAUAAUUUCUACUAAUUUAAUUUUAAUGAGACAAAGAUUUAAGAGGACACUAACCUAACUUAAAAGUUUGAUAACAGGUCAAUUCACUCUUAAUAUCAAAACUAACAGCACACUAACUAGUGAAUGAAAAUUUGAU